GUGUGGGCCUUCACGUACACCCAGCAGAUCCUCCAGGAGGAGCUGUGCCUGUCCGUUGUCACUUUGUUCCCUGGUGCUCCCGUGGUUCUUACCCUUUGCAAGAAUGGAGAUGACAGACAGCAAUGGACCAAGUCUGGUUCCCACAUUGAGCACAUAGCAUCCCACCUCUGUCUGGACACAGACAUGUUCGGUGAUGGCACUGAGAACGGCAAGGAAAUCGUCGUCAAUCCCUGUGAGUCCUCACUCAUGAGCCAGCACUGGGACAUGAUGAGCUCUUGAGGACCCUUGCCAAACCCAGCGUGGCCCAUGGGUGGUGCUUGCCUGGACCAGAACAGACUGGAAACCAGGCAGUGAGCAGCCCGCGAUGACUCCAGACACCCUGG